ACAAAGAGAUGGAAAAUUUCGUUAAAAAUCCACCCAAAGACCCACCAUAUGAUAAUCUCAUAAUCAGUGAGGUAAUUAAACGUAAACAAGAUAAAUGUUUAACGUUAUGACUGAAGCAUAAAACUCCUAUUCGUAUUAUCCAUAUAUUUUAUCAAAAAUUAUUCAAAUCCUCGAUAAACGCAUUGUUUUAAGUCUAUAAAGUUUCUAUGAAAAAUUGUGAUACGGUCAUUCUGCUAGUUCCAGUGUUAAAUACAUAAUUGUUGGAUAGCAUUCAAAUAUAUUUUUAUAAUAUCAGUAUCUAUAUUAUAUUAAUAUAAUGAUAAAGUUAAUUGUGAAAUAUGUAUUAUUUUUUUUGAUAUCACAUUAAUUAGAAUUUUUUUUUUAUUUAUUUAACACUUAUAAUCGCGUCGACCAUCAAAGUCAUAAGCGACCUGACACAGUUACAUUUAUCUAUGUCGCAGCAUAAAUAAAGACUGGACAAUUUUUCUAUCCGUAUGCUUAUCUAUAGUUUUACAUGAUACAUAUAAUUAGAAAACAUAUAUCGUUAUAAACUUAUAUACAUGUAUACAUUUAGUAUCUCCACUUCCAUAGUUGGGCAUACGUUUCAAUCUUUUCGACGAAUGCAAUUACGUUGUUAAUGUUUUCGCUCGAGUUCACGAUUUCACGAGUAUCGUUUUCGAUUUUCAAUAUUUUUCUAAUGUCCGUUGUGUAACCGCGAUCGAACAGCAUGCGUUAAUUAGAUCUGUUAAUACACUUCGAGAUCCACAGCUCGAUCUCCGAUUUGACAAUCAAGAAGUUGAAAUUUCAUCGCUAAGAGUAUCCAUUCGUCCGCAGUACCUUGGGUCGCCGUGCUACUUAGGUCUCGGCCAACUUCUGGAAACACAGGUGGCCAUCGUUAUAAGCUUCCUGGAGGCGCCUUACGUGGACCAUUUUACGAGCAGCCCAUUCAAUUUCGCCUUUUUUCUCGGAGCCGUAGUGGAGAACGCGGUUCUCGACACAUUUUUCGUUCGAGUUCGCAACCUAUUCGUAAACUUCAAAGAAACGCUGAUAUUUCGCCAGUAUACGUCCGAUCAACAAUGCGAAAAUAUUUGGCUGCGGAUUUGCAAGAUGUCGGACAAUUGGAAAGGAACGUGUCCCUGGCUUUGGUGAACUCGCACUAUUCUUUUCACGGGAUUAGGUCUCUUGAUCCGGCGGUGAUCGAAGUUGCAGGAUUACAUAUUCAAGGCGACGAAUGCACGUCGUCCCUGAGAUUCUGCGAGAAGAAUGUCGCGAAAGUUCAGAGAUCGACCAUUGAGCCCUUUGGAUACCGCAAUUUAUUGGAUCGAGUACGUGAUCAGAAAUGGGCCAAAUUCUUUGAAAUCUCCCCCAGUGGACAUUCCCUGGUGGAAAUUAAACUUAAUCGACGUCAUCGUUGUUCUAAUCGCGUGCUUCAUUCUCGCCCUCUAUCUGUUAUUCAUUCUCGUUAAAAUCGCAAUUACAAAUUUCUAUAAAUUAAAAACUGAAAGUACCGCCGAACGGGAAAACAAGUUAAAUUGAGUCCUUUUCGGAAAAUUAAAUAGGCCAACGUGAAUUACGAUACGUGUCUCGUUUCUUUCUUCAAUAAUUUUAAAUAGACUGUACCCUUUUAAAAAAAUUAUGUUAUUCUUUUUCACCUUUUUUCGUAUGAACGUGUCGGUAUUAAUGCAAACCAAAUUGAUAACAAUAAUUUGCUUCUGGUAAAACAACGAUAUAUUUAUUUGAACAUUGUCUUACGUGUCCUUGUGUGUCUAUCAACAGCAAAUUACAUCCUAUUUUAGCAUAUAAAUUGUAAAGGUGUAAUUAACAAAAAAAAGAAAAAUAAAGAACUUGUUAAUGUAUCGCUGCUUGGAGUUGACAGUGGCACAGAUAAAAAUAAAUGUUGUUUAUUUAACAGACGGUUCACGUUACGUUUUUAAUUUUAGAACGAUAUAAUCUAUCCGAUCUAAGGAUUUCUAUAAGGAUCUAUAAGAAUUGCAUAGUAAUUACGAUCUUUGGGUUAAAAUGUUUUUGGUUUUGAAAAUUCGCGUGAAACUGUGGUUAUACGGAAGAAUAACGGAUAAGCGGCAAGCGAUAGGCGGUUAUGCGAGAAUCGAUGGAAUUUACAUUUAAUUCUGUAGAUUUAUAUUGUUUAACUAUUUUAACUGACUAGUUUUUAUAAACUGGUCUGUCAAAAUAUGAAUUCUGUGAGGUGUCUUGUUGCAGAGAUACAACUGAGAAGUUUUACUCCGCUUGUCGUUUAUUCUUACGGCCGAUGUAUUCACAGCAGAACGAUCCAAAAUCGGACAGUAGCGAUCAAUUUGUAGAAAGUGAUCGUUAACGAAUUUUAAAGUGCCACGUAGAAGAAAAUGUCUGAUACGUUAGAAAUGAAAAUUACCGGACGAAAACAGAAAAAGGGGCUCGAUGUUCGUAAGGAUAUGAACAAUUUUAUCGUAAUUCGUUAAUAAUAAUACGUUACACUUUAUUUAAGCAUGGUGCAAUAAAUAUCAUCCAUUAAAAAAAAUGUACGAGUUACACUUUUAUCAAUCAACAACAGUCAACGUUAACAAAUUCGUCGCGCCUUAUUUCCGUGAAGAACGAGUUUUCCGCUUCAACAACCUGAAAAAUUCCUGAAACGUGUGUCGCUGUAGCCGAAUACUUUGCAAUUCGAAUACUAUGCCAGAGUCAAAAUCGAAUAAAGAAAUAACGGAAGCGUUAACGCAUGAGUGAAGCUUCAUCCGAUAAAAUCGUUAUUAUUAAAUUUAAGUAUUAAAAUAGAAAUUAUCGUGUAUCAUAGGUCAAUGUGGCGUAACAAGUUAUAUCUGAAAAUAUGAAAUAUCUGUGAAACAGUUAAAACACGUAAUUUCUGAGAUGGCGUUAUGUUGUCAAGUGUGAGUGAACGUUAGGCGUAGCUGCAUGGGAAAAAGAAAGGGAAAAUGUAAAAGACUUUUGUAGAUAAAAAAGAAACGACAAUAGCAGGAUAAUUCAUUAUUCUUAUAUAUAAUAGAUUAAAUCAUAAAGCGAGAGGAUCACGAGCUUCGAUCAAAAGGAAAAAUUGUUUAGUAUUUAAAAGACGUUAGUCUUUCCUCUCGUUGUUUGUCUUUCGAGACUUAUCGUUGUUUCAUUUCCGAAACUGAUUAUCGUUCAAGACCAUUUUCCGUCAUUUAGUAAAUACCAUCUACUUAAAAAUUUCUGAGCCUCCCUUUCUACCAUUCUGUACAGUCUUUGCGUUUCUCAUUGGCCGUAAAGUGAGACUUAUAGCUGACAUAAUU